CCGGAACCAUGACUCUUGGGGCUCGGGCUGCUAGUCUGUCCUUGCGGCUCCUUCUCUUAGGAGCCUUUUGGAGGCUCCAUGGACCUCCAAAAGCCAGACGAGUUCCAGAGAACGACUCCUGGACAGGAGCAGGAACUGGGGAAGAAGCAGAGGUUGACUCCAGACGGAACACGCCGAGACGUAUGGUCUCAGGUUUGGAAUUGGGAGGCAGGGAAACAAAUGUCGGGAGGAUAUCCAUCAUCCAGCCAGAUGCACUCCCUGCGCCUCCUGAGCCAGAACGAGCCCUACAAGAUCUUCAUGAGUAUGAGCGACAACACGCGCCCCUCCCAGCCCCUGCUGCAGCGCUGCAUCCGCACCAACAUCAACUUCAGCAAGCAGGGCCGCGACUGCCCCAACAACCGCGCUCUGCGCCCCCAGUACAGAGGUAAUAUGGAGGGGAAAGAAGUGGUCAACCCACCGUGACACAGAUACAUGACAUUUAAAUGUUCUGGAAAGUUCCUUCUACAGCUUUAGCCUUUAUUUUAUCUCAUGAAGUCCCUAAUUGACACACCCUGAACAGUCUGGUGCGUCAUGGUCCAGGUCAUGUGAUUUUGUGUUCCCAUAACAACAUGUCCAUGUGUCAGGCUAACACAGAGCUAGCUACAUUUCAAAAGCUUUUUUUGUUUGUUGCUAAAGGUAAAAUUCAAGCCAUUUAAGAAUUAAAAUGCUUACAUAACAUGUCCUUUAUUUCAUUUAAGCUGUUGUGAAAACAUUU